CCCCAGAUCCUUCAACUGCCAAGCACUGCACUGGCCACCACCAUGCUCUCAUCCCUAGAGGACAUUUUUCCCGACAAGGGAAUGGUGGCUUACAUAAACCACAGCCGACUCAAGGCCAAGGGUGUGGGCCAGCACAACAACGCCCACAGCUAUGGGAACCAGAACUUUGAGGAGUUGCGGGCUACCUGCCUGAGAAGGGGAGAGCUAUUCGAAGACCCCUUAUUCCCUGCAGAACCCUGCUCCCUCGGCUUCAAGGAGCUGGGCCCCAACUCCAAACAUGUGCAAAACAUCAUCUGGCAGCGGCCCAAGGACAUCUCAAGCAACCCUCAGUUCAUCAUGAACGGCAUCUCGCCAACAGACAUCUGCCAGGGCAUCCUUGGGGACUGCUGGCUGCUGGCUGCCAUUGGGGCCCUCACCACGUGCCCCAAACUGAUGUACCGCGUGGUACCCCGGGGGCAGAGCUUCCGGAAACACUAUGCCGGCAUCUUCCACUUCCAGUUCUGGCAGUUCGGGCAGUGGAUAGACGUGGUGGUAGAUGACCGGCUGCCCACCAAACACGACAAGCUGGUGUUCGUGCACUCGGCCCAGAACACGGAGUUCUGGAGCGCCCUGCUGGAGAAAGCCUACGCCAAGCUGAAUGGCUCCUAUGAGGCCCUGGCAGGGGGCAGCACCACGGAGGGCUUUGAGGACUUCACGGGGGGCGUGGCCCAGAGCAUCCAGCUGCAGAACCCCCCUCCAGACCUGCUGAGGCAGAUGCGGAAGGCAGUGGAGCGGUCCUCCCUCGUGGGCUGCUCCAUCGAGGUCACCAGUGACAGAGACCUGGAAUCUGUGACCCACAGGAUGCUAGUGAGAGGCCACGCCUACUCAGUGACUGGCCUCCAGGAUGUCCUCUACAGAGGCAGGAUAGAAACCCUGAUUCGGGUGCAGAAUCCCUGGGGCCGGAUUGAGUGGAAUGGAGCCUGGAGUGACAAUGCCAGGGAGUGGGAAGAAGUCUCGCCUGACAUCCAGGUUGAACUGCUGCAGAGGAAGGAGGACGGCGAGUUCUGGAUGUCCUACCAAGAUUUCCUAAAGAACUUCACCCUCCUGGAGAUUUGUAGUCUGACACCUGAUGCGCUGUCUGGAGAAUACAAGAGCUACUGGCACACCACUCUAUACGAAGGCAGCUGGCGCAGAGGCAGCACCGCAGGGGGCUGUAGGAAUAACCCCGACACAUUCUGGACCAACCCCCAGUUCAGGAUUUCUCUCCCAGAGGAGGAUGACCCUGACGCAGAUUCAGUGGACAACUUGGUCGUGUGCACCUGCCUGGUGGCCCUGAUGCAGAAGAAUUGGCGGCACGGGCGGCCGCAGGGCUCCCAGCUGCAUACCAUUGGUUUUGUCAUCUUCUCGGUCCCAAAGGAGUUUCAGAAUAUCCACGAUGUGCACUUGAAGAAGGACUUUUUCACCAAGUACCAGGACCACGGUUUUUCCGAAAUCUUCACCAAUACCCGGGAGGUGAGCAGCCAGCUCCGGCUGGCCCCUGGGGACUACAUCAUCGUCCCCUCCACCUUUGAGCCGCACAGAGAUGCUGACUUCCUGCUACGGGUCUUCACGGAGAAGCACAGCGAGUCCUGGGAGCUGGAUGAAGUCAACUACGCAGAGCAGCUUCAGGAGGAGAACAUCUCUGGGGAUGACAUGGACCCAAACUUCAUCCAUUUGUUUGAGGUCGUGGCAGGAGAGGACCAUGAGAUAGAUGUGUAUGAGCUACAGAGGCUACUCAACAAGAUGUCCUCGAAAUUCAAAAACUUCAAGAGCAAGGAGUUUGGCCUGGAUGCUUGCCGCUGUAUGAUCAACCUCAUGGAUAAAGACUGCUCAGGCAAGCUGGGGAUUCUGGAAUUCCAGAUUCUGUGGAAAAAGCUCAAGAAAUGGACGGACAUCUUCCAAGAGUGUGACCAGGACCACUCAGGGACCUUGAACUCCUAUGAGAUGCGCUUGGCAAUUGAGAAAGCAGGCAUCAAGCUGAACAACAAGGUGAUGCAGGUGCUGGUGGCGAGGUAUGCGGAUGACAACAUGAUCGUGGAUUUUAACAGUUUCAUCAGCUGUUUCCUGAAGCUGAAGGCCAUGUUCACAUUCUUCCUCACUAUGGAUCCCCAGAACACUGGCCACAUUCACGUGAACUUGCAGCAGUGGCUGCAGACGAUCAUGUGGGGAUAGUGGCACAGCCAGAACCGAAGUCCCUGCAUGCCCCCCACCACCGCCCCUAACAAAAGGGGCUGGCUGAGCAGAGGGGCGCUGCUGCUCUCCCGCUCUCAGCUCUACAUUCUCUGCCAAUGGAAAAGGCCUGGAACACCUUCCACCCCACCUGCGUCUACCCCUCUCAUCCUCCCAG